AAGCUCGCUUUUUAUUACGCGCAAUUCGACCAUGGCAUUCCCGGAACAUUCUGACAAGGAAGCCAAGUCCAACUAAAAACAAUCACUUUCUUGACACUUUCUUACCUGCCAAACAUCCCCACCUCAAACCAAAACUCUUAUUUUCUAGCUUGUCUGCUGAAUCUAGCCCGGAAAUCGCUUCGUUGGCUUAGUUGAAGCAGAGAGAUAAGAGGGGUAGAUAAUGCCGAAUUGGGAGCUCAAGAACUGUUGCAAGCACGACCAGGUCGUGUUCUUGGUUACUAUCGGUGUCUUCACCGUUGUAAUCCUCGCGUUAUGGAGGACAGUAUUUUUGACACCUUUUAAGCUCAUCACCGUGUUCUUGCAUGAAGCAAGUCAUGCAGUAGCUUGCAAACUUACGUGUGGCCAGGUGGAGGGGAUCCAGGUUCACGCAAAUGAGGGUGGGGAAACACGAACCCGUGGUGGGGUGUAUUGGAUUAUCUUGCCUGCUGGAUAUCUUGGUUCUUCAUUUUGGGGAAUGGUCUUGAUACUUGCAUCUACAGAUAUCCUAAGUGCAAGAAUUGCCGCUGCUUGUUUUGGAGUUGCUCUGUUGGUUGUGCUCUUUGUUGCUAAAAAUUGGACACUUCGUGGACUUUGUAUUGGUUUCAUUAUUUUCCUCGCUAUAGUAUGGAUUCUGCAAGAAACAACAAAAGUCCGUAUUCUUCGCUACGUGAUUCUCUUCAUUGGUGUGAUGAACAGUUUGUUUUCAGUUUACGAUAUUUAUGAUGAUCUAAUAUCUCGAAGAGUCCACUCCAGCGAUGCUGAGAAGUUUGCAGAAGUUUGUCCCUGCCCUUGUAAUGGGGUUGCAUGGGGUGUAAUUUGGGGAAUGAUAUCAUUUGUAUUUCUUUGUGGAGCCAUGUAUCUUGGACUUGUUAUCUUAUCUUGAUCGAGGUUGAGAGACCUGGGUCAAACUAUUCUUGAGAUUGCAUAGAACAGCAGUGCUGGCCAAUUUUUUUGUAUUUCUUAAACGAUUGUGUAUACUGUUCAUAGACAUUACUUAAUGAUUCGUUUGAUAGUAGUGAGAGCGUGGCCUUCCCACUCUUGCUUCCAUCCAUGGCUUUAUUCUUUUUACCCUUUUCUUAUCAAGGGUUAACUAUCACAUACAUAUAUUACACUUCCUUUUAGGAAAAUUUGUUCUUAUGUAUUGAUCUGUCACUCCUUUGAGAUCCAAAAGUGAUGGAAAAUAUUCACAUUUA